UAAUUAAAAUAAAAUAAAUAAAAAAUAAAAAAUAAAAAAUAAAUUAGGCGGCCGCCUAGGCGGCUAGGCGGUCAUUUAGGCGGUCUAGGCGGAAAAAAUAGGAUAUUCGAUUUGGCAUAAAUCGGAGCGGAAGAGUGACACGUAGCGCCUAGGCGGACGCCUAAACGGCUAGGCGGCCGAUUUUUAGAACAGGGGUACUAGCUAACACAUCUUUGAAUGAUCCAGGAGAAUUGUUAGACUCAUAAUUUUUUUUACUGUUUAUAUCAAACCACAAAUGAAAUGUGCUGGUUCAGAUUGUUUUUUGUGUGAUUUUUUCAGUAAAAAAAAGAAAUAAAAAGGACGUCUCAACUAAUUAGAACGGAUGAGACUACAUUCAUAUGAUACGACGCAUUGACGCCAUGCUUUUAAGUUUUAAUACUUAGACCAUCCGCAGCGGCGGAUCUUGUGCGGUUCGUGGGCUCGGGAUCAUAGGCCCGUUGUAUUAAAAUAAAAGAGAAAAUGGGUUUAAACUCGUGAACCGGCUCUUCCGCGUGAGCCCGUAUGAUACGGAUUCAUGACACCCGUCGACGAGGGAGAGGCUACGCGAGCUCGCGUGUUGAGUGAGAAAAAAAGGGUUUCGCGUUGGAUAUCUCAUUUUCCCUUCUCUCUUCGUUACCUAGGGUUUCUCCGUCUCUGAGGCGAUUCUCUAUGCGACUCGAUACCCGUCGAUUUUGUCGAUCAAAUCACCGUCGGAAUCACUCGUAGAAGAUCUGAGGUGAGUCUCCACCACUCCGACGGUUUGAUUCAUUCGAUCUGGGGUCGAGAGGUCGAGAGCUUUCUAGGUUAAGGGAAAUCGAUUUGGGGGUUUCGUCAGGGUUACAAAUCGAAAAGGGGGUUUUGAUUUCUUGGUUAAAAUCGACAUGGUUGUUCGUUUUAGGGUUCAUUUAUCUAGGAUUUUAAUUCGAUUUGGGGGUUUCGUAUUAGGGUUCCAAAUCCAGAAGGGGGAUUCGAUUUCUUGGUUAAAAUCGACAAGCUUGUUCGUUCUAGGGUUCAAUUAACUACGAUUUCAGUUUGAUUUUGGGAUUUCUAGUUAGGGUUAGAAAUCGAUAUUCUGCUUUUGAUAUUCCGAGUCUUGUGUUCUAAUAAUUUUUUUUUUGAUUGUAGAUGGAUCCCGCAACAGAGAUAAGAGAGACUAAGAGAAAAAAGGAGUACAUCAAUAUGCUCGCAAACGUGGCUGAUUCAGAAACAGGGAUUCCGACGAGGUGUCCCUGUGGUGGGAGAAUAAUUCACGAGGUUCGUGGGAAGGACGACUACGACACUCUUCCUGGGAAGAGGUUCUUCACCUGCAAGAACUACGAGGUAAUACACCGCUUGUUCUCCUUAUAUUUUUUGUCAUUUUGUUUCUUUGUUGAUACGAGUAUUAAUCGAGAAUGUGAUUGUUUUUUUUUGUUGUUACCAAGGCUGAUGGGUUGCAUUAUCGUCAGCCUUGGGUCAUUGGCGUGGAGGAGCAUAUCGAACGCCUCACUAGGCGUGUGGAGGAGGUGGAGGUGCUGAUCAAGUUUGUGCCGGAGGUGAAUUAUAAGAUUCGGAGACUCGAGGUAACAUGAGUUCUGGACUUUUGCUUUUUAUUUAGUUAUAAUUUUCUAAAAAUUUUUAACACUUACUAACACUAUCUGAUUGUCAUUUCCUUGUACAGGGAGAGGUUCAAGCCCUCACUCGGGAGGUAGAUAGCCUCAAUGGGCAUUUUUAUAACCUGUCUGUGCAGGUGGCAGACUUGGAGAAGCUCUGCUUCGACUGAGAGAAAAGGUAACGCUGAACCUCCUUAACCACACUUGAAGUAGAACUGAAGUAGGUUGAGUAAUGAAUGUUUUAGGUCGCUAUAGUAGGUUAGAGUAGCAGUUGCGUAAUGAAUGUUUUAUUAUGGUUGAGUUGAGUAAUUAAUAAAUUUUAAUAACUGAUUUGAUGUUUAUUGAAUAGUCUCUGUGAAGUAGUAGUUGUGUAGUUAAGUGUAAUCAAUUUUAGGUGUUUAAUUCUUUGUACUUUCAAACCAAAAAACUAGUUUAAAAACAUAGGAAAUCGACAUCUGAAAAACACAAACCAAAAACUUAAAACUUAAAACUUAAAACCAAAAUGGAUCCUUUUCCCUUAAACUCUCCCGGGUUUGUGAACCUUCUUACUUCUCAGAGCUGUCCCCCAAUAGAUUUAGGACGUUCUGAGGUUCCAAAAGCUCCGGAAAGGCGGAAGUGGAGCACGAAAGAAGACUUGGUGUUGAUCAGUGCUUGGUUGAACACCAGCAAGGAUCCAAUCAUUAGCAAUGAGCAGAAGGUGGCCCAUUUUUGGAAGCGCAUAGAGGAGUAUGUGAACGCAAGCCCUCUGCUCGUUGGCUCCCUCCCUAGGGAGUGGAGUCAAUGUAAGCAGAGGUGGGGAAGGGUAAACGAACAAGUCUGCAAGUUUGUGGGUUGUCAUGAAGCUGCUUUGAAGCAGCAUGCGAGUGGUGAAAAUGAGAAUUAUGUCAUGAAGGUGGCCCAUGACAUCUUUUCUAAUGACUACAAUGCAAAGUUCUCCCUUGAACAUUGUUGGAGGGAGCUCCGUUUUGAUCAAAAAUGGAGAUCACACUCUUCCUCGCGUGAUGGUGCAAAGGAGAAAAGGAAGGAGCCAGUAGAGGAGUUAGCUGGCGAGGAAGAAGUCAGGCCUCCGGGUGUGAAGGCUAGCAAAGCAGCCAAACGGAAGAAGCACGUCAAUGAAGCCGCCUUUGAUCAGAUUGAGAGCAUUUUAGCGGAGAAAAAGAACAUCUCCCGCCAGAAACUCCUUGAUAGGUUACUAGCAAAGAAUUCAGAUACACUUUCUGAUCAAGAAAUGGCUCUAAAAAACAAACUCAUAUCUGAAAUGCUUUAACUUGGUGAGUGGAAUUAAUUUUAUGAGUUUAAUCUUCUUAAAACUUUUUUUAAUUAGUUAAUGAGUUUGUCUUUCUAGAAUUAGUUAAUGACUUUGCCUUGCUUUCUUUUGUCUUGCUUUGUAUAUGCUUUCUUUUGUCUUGCUUUGUAUAUGUUUUAAUAAAGUAAACUGAUAAAGUGUGUAUAUGCUUUUCAUUGCAGGUCACGGGUUCCUGGAGGAGGAUGUGUGUGGACGUGGAUGGUUGUAGGUCUCGCUUGCUUUAUGUAUGAUGGUAAUGUUGUUGCUUGUACUAGUAGGUUAUGUCACGGGAGAGUGUAGUAUUUUGUCAGUUUCUACACUCGGUUUAGGACCUUCGGAUAUUAUGGGUGUAUGUACCCUUCGGAUAUGUAUGAUAGUCACGGGUGUAUGUACCCAAGACUUGUCUUUUCUACUCACGGGUGGUAUGUACCCGAGCUACUUGCUUCAUGUCUCUCAAUAUAUAAAAACUAUGUCUUUAAGUUGUUUCAAGCAUUCUUCUUAUCAGUUUCAUUUGAUAAAACUGUUACCAAUAUCCAUCUUCUUUCUAUUACCACUAGAAUCUUAUUAGGAUCACCACACAUCACAAGAAUCACCACGAGAUUCACCACAACAAUCACCAAUCACCACGCCAAUCACCACGAGAAUCAGCACAACAAUCACCAAUCACCACGAGAAUCACCACGACAAUCACCAAUCACCACGAGAAUCACCACAACGAUCAACACAGCUGGUUGAUUGAUCUCACCAGGAUCACCACACUUGAAUCAUUCAUCUUACCAUCGAGCUCCACACUUGGUUCCAUUCAUCUCAACCUAUACUUUUCAUCAACCAUAGAGGUAAGUAACAAACAAAAUUAUAUGUUUAAUAAUAGAUGAAAAAACUUAAGAAAAAGAGAAUAAUAAGUUUAAAAAUACUUUAAAAAUUAUAAAGAUGAUAUAGAUAUCAUCUUAGACGGAACAAAAAAAUAAUCUUGUCAAAUAUGAAACCCUACUGCAUAAAAAAAUAUUGAUAAGGAUAAAUUAGAAAAAAUUUAAGAAAAAGAGAAUAAUAAGUUUAAAAUUAUUUUAAAAAUUAUAAAGAUGAUAUACAUAUCAUCUUAGACGGAACAAAAAUAAUCUUGUCAAAUAUGAAACCCUAAUGAAGAAAAAAAAUUGAUAAGGAAAAAUUAAAGAAAAUUAAGAAAAAAAGAAUUGUAAGGUUAAAAAUGAUAGACAUACCAUAUAGAAGAGAAAAAAAAUGAAAUUAUAAGUUUAAUGAAAAUAAAAACUGAUUUAUAACUCACUCCCUAUUGCUUUUUGUAGGAAUAAAAAAAUCAAAAAAUAUCAUCAACAAUGUCUUCAUCAUCAAGUGAUGAAGCAGAUGAAGUUUUUGAUGAAUUCGUCGAUGAAGUUGUUGAUAAUUUCAUCGACACAGUAAUUGAUGGUCACCCCAACAAGUCCAAAAGACGGGCUUAUAUCGAAAGAGCUUGGGAACAAGGACACAAUCAGCUGUGGAACGAUUAUUUCAAUGAUAAUCUUACAUACCCACCGGAAAUGUUUAGGAGGCGUUUUCGAAUGAACAAAUCAUUGUUCCUUCGCAUUGUGGAACGUAUAAGUAAUGAAGUUCCAUACUUUCAGCAAAGAAGAGAUGCUGCCGGAAGGAACGGGCUAUCUCCACUUCAAAAGUGUACGGCAGCGAUACGUAUGCUCGCAUAUGGUCAGUCAGGAGAUACAUAUGACGAAUAUCUCCGACUUGGUGACAGUACAACACGUUUAUGUUUGGCAAAUUUCACUGAUGCAAUAAUACUAUUGUUUGGAGAUGAAUAUCUACGAAGCCCUACAGCCGAGGAUCUUCAACGAUUACUCGAUGUUGGAGAGGUACGGGGGUUUCUGGGAAUGAUAGGCAGCAUCGACUGUAUGCAUUGGGAGUGGAAAAACUGCCCAACGGCUUGGAAAGGUCAGUUCACACGGGGUUCAGGAAAGCCGAUAAUUGUCUUAGAAGCCGUGACAUCACAAGAUCUUUGGAUAUGGCACGCAUUUUUCAGCUUACCAGGUACACUCAACGAUAUCAAUGUUCUUGAUCGGUCACCUGUUUUUGAUGACAUCUUACAUGGUCGAGCGCCUAAAGUUAAGUUCAAGGUCAACAACCACACUUAUCGUAUGGCCUACUAUCUUACUGACGGAAUUUAUCCAAACUGGUCAACAUUUAUCCAAUCCAUCCCACUUCCUCAAGGUCCUAAAGCCGAGAAAUUUGCACAAAAGCAAGAAUCCGCAAGAAAAGAUGUCGAACGGGCUUUUGGAGUAUUACAGUCGAGGUUUGCAAUUGUUAAAAACCCAGCUCUACAAAGGGACAAGGAAAAGAUAGGUAAGAUAAUGAGAACUUGUGUCAUAUUGCACAAUAUGAUAGUAGAGAACGAACGACACAGAUACGCUCAAAUAAAUACUUCUGAGUUCGAAUCAAGAGAGUCAAGCAGAAGUUCAAAGGUGACAAGCAGAGAAAGUAUUCAAGCUGGUGAUAUGUUAGGCAUGCGCAGAGAAGUUCGAGAUCAAGAGAAGCAUGCUCGUUUGAAAGCUGAUUUAAUGGAAAAUAUUUGGCAAAAGUUUGGUGAUGAAGAUGAAUAAGCUUUGUAUAUUUUUCAAUUCAAUUUAUAUAAUCUACUCUUUUAAUGUAUUGAAUAAAUAGUUUUCACAAAUUUAAUAAUAUUUUUAAUAUUUUAUUCAUGUAUUCUGAAUAAUUUGAAUUUUAAAAAAAAAAAAAAUAUUAUUAUUUUAGUCUUAUAAACUCUUUCUUCAGGUUCACCAAUGCAGAAAAAGACAAAUACAAGUUUAUAACUAUUCAUGAACCCACAAAAAAAAUAUUAAUAAAAUCAUGUGAACCCCACCAAUGCUCAUGCUCUUAGACAACUCUUUUGUGGUAUUCCAAAAUUUAUCAAUACAGUCGUGCGUAAAAAAAUCUAAACGCUUCCAUUCUCAGGAAAGCUCUCACUUAAUUGCGUUUUAGAACGUGAAAGUUUCCCUCCCAUUCCUCAUAAACACGCACGUGCCGGUCUCUUGUAUGUAGCGAUAUAGAUUAGAUAAGCUCAAAAGCCACGAGCAACGCACGUGCCGUCUGCAACAGCAGCACAUCCUCGUCGAUGAAUCGACCCCAAACCAAGAAUCAGAGCUCCAAGUGAUUUUUUCAAGAAAUGGUGUUGCUUUGGAACGUGGGCAGAUAGUUCCAGAAAUUUACGGACAGCCCUAUCAUCUUACGCGGUGAUGAGUCUAUUGUGGUUCUUACACCGUCAGAUUUUGACAACUGGAUAAUGUCCCACGUGGUUUAAGUUACGGACACGUUAAAGAGUCAACGUAAGUUGUCCCGUCACGUGUUUUUUUUUUGCCAAAGAUUUAUAGUGGAGUAAUGGAGUUUAUUGGUAGAGCACUAAAUGGGCCCAUGUUUGUUGGUUUGGGCCGACGUGGAAUCGCGUCGGCAAUACAGUGAUGAAUUUAUACGACGUCGUUUUGAGUAAUGUGUCAAAACCUCUUGAGCAAAGCCUUGUUCUGUGGCAAGACCGACGAUAUCGCUGUCGUAAAAACUGUUUAAUGAUAAACAAACAUAAAUUACUUCAA